UCUGUUAUUCAGGUAUGGAAGGAAUUUCGGCGGCAGCCAGCGUUAUUGGAAUCAUUCAACUCGCGGGGAGUAUUGUGAAAAUAUGCGGUGGCUACCUCCAAGAGGUGAAGCACGCACGAGAUGACAUCAUUGCGUUAAAACGGACGGUCGCGGACCUUGAAUCGACUGUUGAGAAAAUCAGAGAAUAUCUCGAAGGUCGUGACGGAACAACGCUCACCAUUUCCUCCUCGCUAGUCAGGAGCAUUGCCAACUGUCUCUCAGACCUCGGGUCCCUAAAGAAGAGUGUUGAUCCAGGGAAAGGGAAAGAUUUCAUGAGAAGAUUUGGAAUCCGAGCCUUUAAAUGGCCUCUCAAUCGCACAGAGGUGGACAGACUGAUCCAAAACCUCGAAAGAUGCAAAUCAUCCUUCACCUUAUCUUUACAAGUUAACCAGACCACUCUCCUAACUGGUUUAGCUCGGAGUGCGGACCGUGUCGACCAAAACUCGGUUCUCGUCAAAUUGCCGAUCGCAUAUGGGGCCGAGUUUGACUCGUACACAAACCAACAUGAGGAUGACUGCCUGCCAGGUACCAGGACCGAGCUCCUCCAUCAGAUUAUAGAAUGGGCUAGGUCACCGCAAAGCAAGUGCAUAUUCUGGUUAAAUGGGAUGGCUGGAACAGGGAAAUCGACUAUCUCCCGAACAGUGGCAAAAUCGCUCAAGGAGGCGAAGCUUUUGGGGGCGAGUUUCUUCUUCAAGAGAGGUGAGGGUGACCGAGGAAAUGCUAUGAAGCUCUUUUCGACAAUCGUAAGACAGCUCGUUGUCCGCAUUCCUCGGUUGAUCCCAGGGGUCCAAAAAGUACUCGACGACGAACCGGAUAUCGCAGGUAAAUCCUUGAAGGAGCAAUUUUACAGAUUAAUCCUUCAGCCUAUUCUAAGCUUAGAGCUUUCUGAAUUAUGGCCUUUGACUGAUUUCCGGGAUUCCGCUAUAAUCGUUGUGAUUGACGCACUGGACGAAUGUGCUCGGGAUGAGGACAUACGAGCCAUUCUUCGAUUGUUGCCAACCCUACAAGAAUCAAAUACUCUACGUCUCCGAGUGUUUUUAACGAGCAGACCUGAGCUGCCAAUCCGUCUAGGAAUCUCACAGAUUCCAAGUCUUGAUCAUCAAGAUAUGGUUCUCCAUGAGAUUCCCGAGCCAGUGGUACAGCACGACAUAUCCCUAUUCUUGAAGCAUCGACUUUCAAUGAUACGGAUGGACCGGGGUCUACCUAACGAUUGGCCUGAAGACACCGCUAUCAAAUCGCUUGUGAGAAUGUCGGCUCCAUUAUUUAUUUUCGCAGCUACCGCGUGCCGUAUUCUUGGAGACCUUCAGUGGGAUCCAGAAGAUAGCCUGGCAAAGUUACUUGCAUAUCAGAAUGAUGAAUCCCAAUUGGAUGACACGUCUCGAUUUGACGACAUGUCUCAAUUUGACAAGACGUAUCUUCCGGUGCUGAAUCGGCUUCUUGAAGGGCAGAGCAAGAAGCAGGAAAGAGAGCUGGUUCGGGAAUUCCACGAAGUAGUUGGCGCAAUCGUGACGCUUGAGAGUCCACUCUCGGUUGCCUCGCUAUCUAGACUUCUAAGAACCCCCGAGAAGCAAAUUGAUCGGAGGCUUAGCUCGCUACACUCAGUUUUGAGUAUACCCAGUGAUCUAACUAAACCGGUGCGGCUGUUUCAUCUGUCAUUUCGAGAUUUCCUUCUUGACUCAGAGACAAGACAUAAAACACCGUUUUGGAUCAAUGAGGAGCAGGUGCAUCAGAGGCUAACUGCACGAUGCCUUGAAAUAUGUGGCGGUCUGAAACAGAAUAUGUGUGGGUUAGGCUAUGGCAUGAAACGUACGGCGAUUGACAGCCGGAUCAUUUCUCGGUAUUUCCCGCCAGAGAUGCAAUAUUCCUGCCAUUUUUGGGCCCAUCAUCUGAGUCGAUGCAAGGAAUAUCUUGCUGGAACAGAAAACUCACUUUCACAUGUCCAUUCAUUCCUCCAGCAGCAUUUUCUACACUGGAUGGAAGUAUUGAGCAUUUUAGGGCUUAAUUCAGACAUCAUAGGGAUCAUCAACCUACUACAGUCACUGCUACCUGUUCAAAGAAAUGUGGAAUUAUCCGAGUUUUUACAUGAUGCUCGGCGGUUUCUGCUGAAAAAUGGGCCAAUAGCUGACGAUGCACCCCUUCAACUCUAUUGCUCAGGGCUCAUAUUUGCACCCAAAGAAUCAAUCCUUCGAAGGCAAUUUGAAAGGGAGAUCCCUCAUUGGAUACAUACUUUCCCAGAAGUAGAUGAAGCCUGGAGCGCAGAACUACAGACACUCGAAGGCCAUUCAGGCUCGGUACAUUCAGUGGCUUUUGCAUCCAAUGGUUGUCUUGCGUCCGGAUGUGGUGACGAGAUCAUCAGGCUUUGGGAUUCAUCCACGGGCACUCUACAGCAGAGCCUCGAGGGCCACUCCGGUAGGGUUCAUUCUGUAGCGUUCUCGUCUCGUGGCUAUCUCGCAUCUGGCUCUAGUGAUGGUACAGUUAAAAUUUGGGAUCCUGACACGGGGGUCCUGCAUCUGACUUUCAAAGGUCAUUCGGACUGGGUAAAUUCUGUGGCAUUUUCUCCCGAUGGUCAGCUACUCGCUUCAGGCUCCGAUGAUGAGACUGUCAGGCUAUGGGAUCCCUCCUCAGGCAACCUGCAACAAACUCUCCAGGGCCAUUCUGGACGAAUCCAAUCGGUGGCAUUCUCGUCUGGCGGCUUCCUUGCGUCUGGGUCUGAUGAUGAAACUAUCGGACUCUGGGAUCCCAAUACCGGUUUAUUGCGGCGUACUUUUGUGGGCCAUUCAGACUGGGUAAAAUCUGUGGCCUUCUCGCCCGACGGUCGGCUUCUGGCGUCUGCCUCCUACGAUAAGACUAUUAGGACUUGGGACCCUUCCACCGGUGUCCUGCUGCAGACCCUUGAAGGUCAUUCAGAUCGGGUUAAUUCUGUGGCCUUCUCGCCUGAUGGUCGAGUGCUGGCCUCUGCUUCUAAGGACAAGACAGUCAGGCUCUGGGAUUCCACCACAGGAAUUUUACACCGAACUUUCGACGGCCAUUCGGGAUCUGCUUUGUCUGUUGUAUUUUCCUCCUGUGGUCAACUGCUAGCGUCUGGCUCUUAUGAUAUGACAGCUAGGCUCUGGGAUCCCGCCAUGGGCACUCAACAACAUCAGACUCUUGAGGGGCAUUCAGACUGGAUUUAUUCUGUUUCAUUCUCCCCUGAUGGUGGGACACUCGCGUCAGGGUCCCGCGAUACCACAAUCCGGCUCUGGGACCCCGUUAGAGGCGUCGUACAACAGACUCUUCGUGGUCAUUCAUUGUCAGUUCGAGCAGUGGUGUUCUCUCCCGAUGGUCAAUUUCUAGCAUCUGGUUCCUAUGAUAAGACCGUCAGGGUCUGGAAUCCCUCCACGGGCGUCUUGCAGCAGGUUCUCGAGGGCCAUUCAAGCAGGGUUCGGUCUGUGGCAUUUUCCCCCGAUUCGCGACUGCUGGCAUCUAUCUCGAAUGAUGAGGCACUCAUUCUGUGGAAUCCCACCAAUGGCACCGCUCUACAGCAGAUCUCGGGGGUCAAUCGACUAAACACGACCUUGAAGCUUUCCCAAGAUGGCUCUUAUCUGGGUAACAAUCUGGGAUCCGUCGAUAUCCAAUCCUGGUUCAAAAACCAUGGUUCCAAUCCCACUUGGGAAAUUGUCAACAUAUGGAUAGAGAACGAUCAGUGGAUAGCCCUUCGCGGCAACAAUGUCUUGUGGCUUCCUCCGGAGUAUCGGCCAAAAUGCUCAGCGGUCAACGGAAAUACUCUUGUCUUGGGACAUUCAUCGGGGAGAAUUUCAUUCAUAGGAUUUCAUGUAAAACAUCACGGGCGUCGAUAG